AUAUAGUGUAUGGAGUAAUAUACAUAUAUAGAUAGAUAGAUAUAGAUUUAUAUUUAUUUUCCCAUACUUAUUUAAGUAACAAAACAAGUUUUUUUCCUCAAAAUGAUCCGGCUAUUAACUGUUAUCAUAUAUAUGUUUGCGAUCAGUUCAAAUGCAAAUCCACAUGGUUAUUUGAAAAGUGAAGUACCUGAAGCAGUAUUAGAUUCAAAUUCAUUCAUUGAUAAUAGUCCAUAUUAUUAUCAAAGAUCACAUAUUCCUAAAUGGUGGAAAAUAAUGAAUGAAAAACGUUGGUUUCCUAUCAAAGAAUUUCGUGGUGGAUUAAUGGAAGUUUAAUUAAUUAAAAUCUAUUUCAUAAAUGUUAAUUUCUAUAAGUUAAACAUUAAAAAAAUAAUUAAAUAAAAUUAUUCUUGCAAAUGAUCUUUAUGCUUUUUGUUGUUGUAAUUUAUGAUAUGAAGAUUAAUUUUCUUAUAUUAAUCUUUGAAUAGGCGAGACUAUAAUUUAUGGAUGAACUAAUCAGAUAUAAGAUAAAAGGUAUCAGAUUAUGACACGAAAUUCACUCAUCCAUUU